AUGCGGGGAGUCUCUAGUGGUGUCAGCCCCGUCGUUGGGGGCUUCCUUCACCUCAGCCAGGAUCUACUGGGGAGGAUGGUGUCUUCGGAGCCCAUCCAGAAGUACUUCCAUGUAGAGGAUGAACCAUUUGCAAGGUACGUUGAAGGAGGGGUAAUCAUUGGAGACCGGUUUCCCGAUCUUGGUGGAAAACGCCUUUCCUCCCCGCUAAUGGAAGCUAUCGAAAGGAUCUACCUGGCGGUCAUUUUCGCAGGUGCUCGGAGGGAAAGUGAACACCCGAGGGCUUACUCAGGGCGGUCUUUCUUCUUCCCCGAAGUAGAGGGACCUGGAGGAGUACGUGUCGAUGAAUAUCCCAGGCAAUAUCCCACGAUUCCGUGA